AUGGCAGAUUCUCUUCCGCCAUCAAGAGCAACACUGCGCUCAAUUCAUCAAGGCUACGGUCAAGCCUUAAACAUUCUAACACCCAAGGCCCCCCAAGGUGCCUCACUACUCAAGCCCCUUCAACAGCCUCUUGCCCCUCAAGACCUUCAACAAUUGGCAUUACAUCCCAAGAUCCAAGGCCCCCAAGUUACGUCACCUCUUGAGUCCUUCAACGGCCACUCGUCCCUCAAGAUGUUCAACAAGUCAAGCAUCUCAGCAUUCAAGGUCACCAAGUCGCAAGCUCGUCGCUGGCUGUCGCAGACUUUAUCGCGAACGCUUCCCGCCGAUAAGCCGUUGAGCGAUCUGCUAGGAGAUGGCGAAAUACUGCUCGAGCUCGCGUGUUUGGUGCAGCAGCUGCUUGCGCCCGACGUGUCCCCCUCCCCCGCUGGCGUCCCCCUGACGGCAGACUUUGACGCCGCCCCGCCUGCGAACCCCCGCGCGCCCGCUCCCACCGCCGCCACUACACAGAGUGGUGCUGCUGCGGAGGUUGGUACUGGGGUUAGUGCAGCUGGUGCAGCGGCUGGUGGCGACAGCGGCAGCGGCAGCGCGAACGGGAGCUGUUCCAGCGAGGAGAGUGCUGGCGCGGCGGGCGGGUCGGGCUUUAAGCGCGCGUACUGGCAUGCGUGCACCAACGUGGAGCGCUUUCUGAAGGUGAGAGCCGCUGGUGUGGGCGUCUGGAAGGUGUGUCGGCGGGCGGGUCUGAGGGACGUAUCGCUCUUCACCUCGCCUGACCUCGUGGAUGGCAGGGACGUGUGUCGGCUGGUGGGUCUGAGGGACGUAUCGCUCUUCACCUCGCCUGACCUCGUGGAUGGCAGGGACGUUCGGCGCGUGUGCCUGUGCCUGCGCACGCUGUCCAAGCGACUAGUGGGCAUCCGGCCGUCCUCUCUUGCUCCUUCUCUCGCUGACUUGACCCGCGCGGCCUCCAUCACCCUUCCCUCGACCACCCCUGCUGCUGUUUCUGCUGCCGCUGCCGCUGCUGCUGCUGCUUCUGGUGCCGGUGCUGCUGCUGGUACUGGCAACAUGAGUGGGCUUUUCUUGGGUUCUGACUUUGCUGAAUUAGGCGCAGGAGUAGGGGAUGAGACGGCAGCUGCGUUUGCAGGUGUUGACUCGAGUCAAAAGCCGCAUGCAGCCGAACCCCAGAAUGCACCGGCCUGGUUUGGGCUGCAGGAGGAGGAGAGGCGCAGCAUGGAGGGUGCCAUACCUGCUGGCCUUCCGUCGCUCCGUGUGCAUGGGAGGGCGGAUGCGUGGCAUGAGAGCCACGAGCAGCGGCAUGUGUACCAUCGCCAGAGGCAGCCGCAGCACUCCAAUGAAUGCAACCGUGUGCAUGAGGCACCUCGCGAGCAGCAGCAGCAGCAGCAGCAGCAGCAGCAUAUGCACCAUCGGGCUGCUGCUACAUCUGCUGCUCCGGUGGACGUCUCUCCUCGCUUCCUUCCGCCUGAUCCCACCUCCCUCACCCCCGUUCUCGUACGUCCUCGUCCCCUCUCUCCCUCUCUCUCCCUCGCUCUUCCGAUCGUCAACCCAACCCCCUCCUCCUCCUUUCCCCUUCCCACACCCCCCUUCUCUCUUCUUCCUCACACCCCACCCCCCCUCCUCUUCCUUCACUGGUUCUUCCACAACCCUCCUGCCCCUCCUUCUCCCGACCACCUGAGCGGGUGGCUUCCCCCUUCUCCCGCACCCACUACAACAGCUGUUCUCUCCCCCCACCCAAACCCCCUCUGCACCCCCCCGGACCACCUGAGCAGUCCUCGCAGAGUGGCCUCGCCCCUCUCCCGCACCCACUCCAACGCCUCCUCUACCUCCACCGCCCUGCACAGCACUCACUCGCUCUCCCGCCACAGUCACACUCGUGGCAGUCACCGCAGCCACAGUCACGCGUUGGGUCUGGUGGGGGAGGGGGAGGGGGAGCAGAGGCGGCGAGGCGUGUGGGACCUGGUGGCAGCUGCUGGGGCUGUGGCGCUGGUGGGCGGAGCGAUGGUGCUGGCGAAUAAGAGUAACAGACGGACAAGGGAGGAGAGGAGAAGGCGAGCGUUGGAGUAUGAGCGGCCGAGCUUCACGGACCACAUUGCACAGCGGCCACACCUCGGCAUGGGCUUUGGCGGGGUGUUUGAGCUCAAUGUUGGGGAUACGCCUGUGGCUGCUACUCCGUAG